CAGGAGCAGCAGAGGGGCUGAGCUGCUGAAGGGCACCGGCGGCGGCAGGGAGGGAGGCGGCCGGCCCGCUGGCUGCGCUGCCCCGGACUCCCAGUGCCGCAGGAGCCCGGGCCAGGCUGGAGAGCGCUCCCCGCACAGCAUGGAGGCGGGCAAGCCGAGCUCCUCGCCCGGCAGUCGGGACGAUGGCAACAGCAGCGCCAACGCCUUGCAGGCGAAGCCGGCGCUGGGCAGCCCGGGCGGCGGGAAGGAGCACGGCAACUCGGUGUGCUUCAAAGUGGACGGCGGCAGCGGCUGCGAGGAGCCCGGGGUGGGCUUGGAGGAGGCCGAGGGCGCCGGGCGGCAGUAUGGCUUCAUGCAGCGCCAGUUCACCUCCAUGCUGCAGCCCGGGGUCAACAAAUUCUCCCUCCGCAUGUUCGGCAGCCAGAAGGCGGUGGAGAAGGAGCAGGAAAGGGUUAAAACUGCGGGGUUCUGGAUCAUACACCCCUACAGCGACUUCAGGUUUUACUGGGACUUAAUAAUGCUUAUAAUGAUGGUUGGAAAUCUUGUCAUCAUACCAGUUGGAAUCACAUUCUUUACAGAACAAACAACAACACCAUGGAUUAUUUUCAAUGUGGCAUCAGACACUGUUUUUCUAUUGGACUUGAUCAUGAAUUUUAGAACUGGGACUGUCAAUGAAGACAGCUCUGAAAUAAUACUGGAUCCUAAGGUCAUCAAAAUGAAUUACUUAAAAAGCUGGUUUGUGGUUGACUUCAUCUCAUCAAUACCAGUGGAUUAUAUUUUUCUCAUUGUAGAAAAAGGGAUGGAUUCAGAGGUUUACAAGACGGCUAGAGCACUUCGCAUUGUGAGAUUUACAAAAAUCCUCAGCCUGUUACGUUUAUUACGUCUUUCGAGAUUAAUUCGAUACAUACACCAGUGGGAGGAGAUUUUCCAUAUGACAUAUGAUCUGGCUAGUGCUGUGGUGAGAAUCUUUAAUCUAAUUGGAAUGAUGCUACUUCUUUGCCACUGGGAUGGUUGUCUUCAGUUCUUAGUACCAUUACUUCAGGAUUUCCCACCAGAUUGCUGGGUGUCCCUAAAUGGUAUGGUUAAUGAUUCCUGGGGAAAGCAGUAUUCGUAUGCACUCUUCAAAGCCAUGAGCCACAUGCUUUGUAUUGGUUAUGGAGCCCGGGCCCCUGUCAGCAUGUCCGAUCUCUGGAUUACCAUGUUGAGUAUGAUUGUGGGGGCUACAUGUUAUGCCAUGUUUGUUGGUCAUGCCACGGCCCUAAUUCAGUCUUUGGAUUCCUCACGACGACAAUAUCAAGAGAAGUACAAACAAGUGGAACAAUACAUGUCAUUUCACAAGUUACCCGCUGACAUGCGCCAAAAGAUCCACGAUUAUUACGAACACCGUUACCAAGGCAAGAUCUUUGAUGAGGACAAUAUUCUCAAUGAGCUCAAUGAUCCUCUUAGGGAGGAGAUAGUCAAUUUCAACUGUCGCAAACUGGUUGCCACAAUGCCUCUUUUCGCUAACGCAGACCCCAAUUUUGUGACAGCCAUGCUGAGCAAGCUUCGCUUUGAGGUGUUCCAACCCGGCGAUUAUAUUAUCCGAGAAGGGGCUGUGGGUAAAAAGAUGUAUUUCAUUCAACAUGGGGUCGCUGGUGUCAUCACUAAAUCCAGUAAGGAGAUGAAGCUGACAGAUGGCUCUUACUUUGGAGAGAUUUGCCUUUUGACUAAAGGCCGCCGCACCGCCAGCGUCAGAGCCGAUACGUACUGCCGUCUCUAUUCCCUCUCCGUGGACAAUUUCAACGAGGUUCUAGAGGAGUACCCCAUGAUGAGAAGGGCCUUUGAAACGGUGGCCAUUGACAGACUAGACAGAAUAGGAAAGAAGAAUUCACUUCUCCUGCAGAAGUUCCAGAAAGAUCUCAAUACUGGAGUUUUCAACAAUCAGGAGAAUGAGAUCUUGAAGCAGAUAGUAAAACAUGACAGAGAGAUGGUGCAGGCUAUUGCCCCAGUUAGUCUACAGCAAAUGCCAGCACUGAAUUCUAGCUCUUCAACCACUGCAUCAUCAUCGCGAAUCAGGACACAGUCUCCUCCUGUGUAUACUGCAACCAGCCUAUCUCAUGGAAACUUGCAUUCUCCAACACCGAGCACACAGAUGCCCCAGCAAGCUGUCAUUCUCUCUCCUUGCUCUUAUACUACUGCAGUCUGUAGUCCGCCAGUACAGAGCCCUCUGGCAGGUCGAACUUUUCAGUAUGCAUCCCCAACUGCUUCACAGUUGUCACUGAUGCAGCAGCAGCAGCAGCAGACACCUAGUUCAUCGCAGAAAAAUGAAGUUCACAAGAGUACACAAGCCCUUCACAACACUAACCUGACAAGAGAAGUGAGGCCUCUCUCUGCCUCACAGCCUUCUUUGCCCCAUGAGAUUUCCACUUUGAUUUCUAGACCUCAUCCAACGGUGGGAGAGUCUCUAGCCUCAAUUCCACAACCCGUCUCUAGUGUCCAAGGUCCAGGUAUGCAGGUUGGGAACAGAGGCACAGUCCCUCAGAGAGUUGCUCUCUUCCGUCAGAUGUCUUCAGGAGCAAUUCCUCCUAACCGAGGGGCCCCACCACCAACAGCUGUUCUACAAAGGGAUUCUUCCACAGUCUUAAACACAGACCAAGAAGGAGACAAACCGCGAUUUGCUUCAAACUUAUGAUCCUUGUUAACUGUGAAAAGCAGAGACAUUUUAAUAAACUGAGAACAUCCCAGAAACUAUUUUAGCCUGUUUCCUGAUAGACCCUGGCAGCCUACCAUGAAACAAAAUAUUUUAGACAGCUCUGCCCUUCAUAACAAAUAAAAAGUAUAGAUCCAAAAAGGAAUUUAAAAGACUUGGUUAGAAUUUGUCUUUUUUUCAUUAAAGGAGGCUAAAUUUUGUUGUAAUAUUAUUUAUUUGUAAUGUGUGUUGACUUUAAAAUUAAUCUAGCAUAUUUCUCUACUUCUGAAGAGAUGUCCUAUUUCAGGGGUGGGGGUGGGGGAGGAGAGACAAAAACAACCCAAUGAUAAUACACUUUAUAUGUUAAAUGACAGUAUUAUUUAUUCCAGGAAAUAAACUUUAAAAAAAUCCCUCAAGCUAGCUAGGAAAUAGCACCUAUUGAAUAAUAACUUUUAACUUUCAUUAAUUGCAUUUCUGUAUAAAAAUUGUAAAUCAUUUAUCAUGAAAAAUCAAUCAUAAUCUCCCAUUUUAUUGGUCCAAAUUUCAUUUUAGUGCUUUCCAUUGAGAAUUAGAUUGAAGAAGAAAUAUACUCCAGCUGUCUGCAGUAGAAGAACUAGCAUUAUCAUUGCUCUGGAUAAUUGUAAUCUCAAAACAUGUAAAUCAUUCUGUUAUUUCAGAAAACUGGGUGGACUUCUAUCUUCAUAUUGCAAAAGACUUUUAUGAAAACUAUAAAUAUUGUCAUUGUAAAAAACUUUUUAGACCCAAACAAAAAUAGCUGCUGUGUGGUGUAUCAUUGCAAGGUCUUUGUUUAGGAAUUUAGUUUCAGCUCUUCACUUCCUAACUUACCGUUUUAAAAUGUAUUAAAUCUAAGAGCAACACAACUGUUAAAUUGUAAUGCAAUGGCAACCUACAAUGGCAAUGUUACUUUUACAUGCACUGUUUUUAUGCAAAAUUGUACGCUUGAUCCUGCAAACUACUUGUACUUCACCAAUGCCAUCACUUUUCCUCCUUGCCCUAAACAACAUCUGAAAAUAUUCCAUGCAUGCUUUUUAAAAAUAAAUAAAUAAAAAACAAUAUAAGUUCAGUCAGCCAUUGUAGGAAAAGGCUUACAGUAUCUCUUUGUCUUUAGAAAAUGAUAAACAUUCAUUAAUUGUGUCUACCUUAAAAUUUCCUAUAAUGCUGACUUUGAAUCUCUGUUUUAAGGCUAGAAGUGAGGUUUUUCAUUUAAAGGAUUAUUCGUAAACCACAGCUUAAUUUAGAUUUUCAGGUGCUUUCUGUGUCUUCACUGUAGUUUUGUAGUUGACUGUGGUGUUAAUUUAAAAGAAAUAAAUAGAAUAUAGCAUCAAGUCUGUCUGGGAUUGCACGAUUUGGUCUGUGUAUAUUGUAAUUAAAUGGAUAGUAUAUCCUAUGGCAUGUAGUGUCAAACAUAGCCCAUAGAUACGAGGUUUAUUUUUUUAAAGUCUUUAAAAAUAGAAGGGAAAAGGUGACAGAAAGCAGGGUUAAAGCAUACUGUUUUGUGAACGUUUUCUUUCGUUUGCUGAGAUCUUCACAUUAUCUUGUGAUUAGACAGCAUCUCCACAAAAGAAGUUCUUUAAUAAUAAUUUGUGCCUGAUGUGUCACAGUAAAAUAGAAAUUGAAACUGAAUAUGUCAUAAUUAAACUUUUAUUGAUAAAACAGCAUUAUUAACUAUAAUACAAAGCAUAUAUCAUAUUCCUUAAGAAAAAGCAAGCUAACCAUGUGAAAGGAAUGAAUUCAGAGGAGGCGUUUUUGCCAUUAAUGCUGGCCUUAAUGAUCAGUGAUAGAAUUAAAUAACAUCACAAACUACGUAUUGCAGUACGUCCACAUAUACGUGAGAGCCAAGUAAAUUGUCUAAGGCUAACGGAGCUUGAACCCAUGCUGCCUGUUAUGCCUUUUUACUUAAUUGGGUACAUCAAAUUUUAAAAAAAUAAAACUUUUUGCAAUUUUUGCCAACUCCCACUCACCAGUACAAAUCAAUGUAAUUAUCCCAUUAACAUGCUGCUGACAUUAUUAAUUGGAGUGGUCAGGAAUAGUGUACAAGGAAGCAAUUGUUAACAAUGUUUGAAGCAUUAUGGAUACGCUGCAAGACCAUUUAUUUAUCAGUACAAUGUCCCUUAUUUUAUUUUAAUACUUAUAAUAAAUUAGAUCGAAUUUAUUAAGAUCAUAUUCUGAUCCUUGACACUAUUUAAGGUUUACAUUUAAUAGGUAUAAUGGGGUUAGUAGUGAAAUAUUUUUAUAUAUAUAUAUUAUUUUAUUUUAAGCACUAUGAAGAAACAUUAACUCACAUGGUCUUUCAGUGAAACCAUAAAAAAAUCUUUUUAAUGACUUUGUAAUAGAGUGGACAAAAUCUAGGAUUUGUAUGUUAAUUCAAUAAAAAUGGUACAGGGUAUACAAUUAUAUACAUUAUAUAUAUAUAUAUAUGUAUGAAUGUAUAUAUACUUAGGUUAAGAAACAAAUGACUCACAUUCCUGUAAUAUAAAUGUUCAUUGCUAGUUCCAGAAUUGACCUAUUUUCUCUGUACAUAAAUAAGCCCAUAUGUAUGGAAUCUCACAUCUGUACAGGAUGAAAUGUAUUAACGAAAAAGUUGGAUCUUACUGCUGCUGGGAAGACAAUAGUUUAACUGAUUCUUACAAUGACUGUAUGAUCAGGGACGAGUUAGAUUUUUUUCUUUUGUCUUUGCUCAAAGCCAUAAAUAUAUAUAAAAGAUUAUUAAUAAAUUGAACAAAAUAUGUAAAAAAUGAAUAUUUGAUUUGAUCUGAUAUGUUUACAACCAAGCAUGUCUUGUUUUACCAUGAAGUACAGAUUAUGUUUUUUUCCUUUUCAUAACCCUAACUUCUGAAGUAAUAUGCUGCUGAUAUUAGAAAAACAUGAGUCGUUAUGGAGAAAAGAUGGGUGAGGUAAUAUCUUUUAUUUGACCAACUUCUGCUCGUGAAAGAAACAAGCUUUAUAGCUUACACAGAGCUCUUCUUCAAGCCUGGGCUGUUUAAGCUCAAAAGCUUGUCUCUUUCACUGAUAGAAGUUGGUCGAAUAAAAGAUAUUACCUCACUCACCUUGUCUCAGAUCCUAGGACCAACACAGCCACAACAACACUGCAAACAAUGUGUAAUUAUGGGCACUCAAUAACUUUAGAAAGAAAGAGGGCUUAGAAUAUUAUGAGAACAUUUCCCAGUAUGCAAUAUCUCCUGGGCAGGAUAAAGGAAAAUUGUAUUCCAAAAUAUUCUCAUUUUUGCUAAAGCUCUUAAACUAAUAAGCUAUUGCCAUUAAAAUGUCCCACUUUUUCAAAUACAAAUAUUUGAAAGUGAAGUUUAUUUUUGAUACAAUUUUGACUUAAAAAAAGAGGUUUUUGUUUUGACAAAUUGUAUUCUGUCAUAUUUGAACUUUAUAACAUUAUCUCACUAUAUUUUGCUAAUCCCAUGUGAUAUAUAUCCAAACUUGUAUGCAGUUUGAUACCUAUUUCAAGCGAGCAUAUUUUGAAUUAAAACUUUCUGAAGUGGUUGGAAACCAAAGGCUUGAUUCUGCAUCAGUCAACUCAGUGGGAGUUUUUCCAAUAAUUUGAAUAGGAGCAAGAUACUAAAUAAUACUGAAUAAUACUACCCCAAUAAACUGCAAUUUUUGAUAAUAAUAUUUUAAGAAGAAUUAAUGGUUGUAUUUGUAAAUUAUGCCUUAAUGUGCAUCAUGAUUCUAUAUUUCCCUGCACAGAUGCAUUCUUCAUUAAUAUUUAAGUGAUUUUGUACCUCAUAUUCCUAAGGUCAAAUCCUGACUAAAGUCAUUGCAAAACUCCCAUUGAUUUCAGUGGAGUCAGGAUUUCACCUGAAUUUUUUUAACAAUGGGCCAAAUUCUGUCUGGAUAUAUACCUUGCUCAGAACCACUGAACAUUUAUAGAGAUGUAAAACAGGGCAUAACAUGGGUUCGCUGCCUCGAGUCUUAUUUUUUCAUUUAAUGUGAAUUCUGAAGGAUUUUACAAGUUUCUGGAGCAACACUUAAAGAAGCACUGAAAUUCCAUUCAUCUGCUCCUUUAUGGAAAAAGCCUCCCUAUUCUUAGGAUUUAGGACCUGAUUUUGCCACUGCUGAGCUACACCUUAUACUCAUUCAACCUGACUAAGGGUGGUUUGGAAGCAAAACUGGACCAUGGUAAAUUUUAUUUUAAUCAGUAGAGUUCUGCAUUCGCUGAUGCGCAUCUGAUAGGACCUCACUAAUGCUUAUGUUAUUGGGGUGUAUUCACAUUAGUUUACUCACCAAAUUCAAUAUGCCUACCCAUGUGAGUAUCUGCUCAACAAUGUAAAGGUUGCCCAGUAUAGCCUAUAUUUAGCCUAAAAUGUCUCUGCUCUUUCUGAAGUAUUUUUCCCCACAUUUUCUUUUUAAACUUUUAAAACCAGUUUCAAUAUAAUUUGCUGACAAUGUCCAACCAGAAAACAAGAUUCAGAUGUUUUGAUUUUUAAAUAAACCACUAUCUCAACUGCA